GUUUCAUACCACGUGAUAUUGCAGGAAGUGAUGUGACGGCCCUUCAUUAGUAGAUGAUCUGCAUCAUCAAUGCUCUAGCUGUCUUUGUGUAGAAUAUUGUGCCUUCAAAACUAAAACGUAACUUUAUUAAUUUACAGCGUCAGAGUCAACCGGCAUUUGAGCAUCCUUGUUCUGAACAUUCUCCAUGUGUAAAGUGGAGAGGAGCCAACGCUACCCUAAUGUGGUAACGUAAGGUUAGGUUAACCACCGCUGCACGGUCUGCACCUGCUCUUCCCGGCGGUCAUCUUUGUUGUGUCGCUACUAUGGGCGGCUCUCUGCUCACGCUGUUCGCUAUUGUGCUGUCAGCCUGGUCGGCUGUCGGAAACCCGGAGGAAUCCGCUCAUGUCGACGGAGCCCCGCCUUCUAAAAUAGCGGUGGUCGGGGCAGGGAUAGGCGGCAGCGCCACAGCUCACUUUCUGCGGCAGCACUUUGGCCCUGAGGUUCAGGUGGACGUGUUCGAAAAGGGUGUGGUCGGAGGUCGUCUCGCCACUAUAAGCGUCAAUCACAAUGACUAUGAGUCUGGAGGUUCCAUCAUUCACUCCCUCAACCUCCACAUGCAGGAGUUUGUCAAGCAGCUUGGUCUGAAGUAUCGUCGCAGCGUGGCAGGAAAGAUGGCCGUGUUUAAUGGCGAGGAGGUGAUUCUGGAGGAGACAGACUGGUACCUGCUGGACCUGUUCCGACUGUGGUGGCGCUAUGGUAUCAGCUUCAUACGCCUGCAGAUGUGGGUGGAGGAAAUUAUGGAGAAAUUCAUGAGGAUAUACAAGUACCAGGCCCACGGCUAUGCCUUCAGCUCGGUGGAAGGGCUGCUGGACUCUCUUGGCGGGAGUGGCUUCAUCAACAUGACGCGUAGACCGCUUUCUGUUUCGCUGCUGGAACUUGGUGUGUCUCAGCGCUUCAUCGACGAGGUCAUUGCCCCCGUCAUGAGGGUCAUCUACAGACAGAACGUCAGCAUCCCUGCCUUCAUAGGCGCAGUGUCUUUAGCUGGUGCCCAGAACAACCUGUGGGCGGUGGAAGGAGGCAACAAGCUGGUGUGUUCUGGCCUGCUGAAGAUAGCUAAUGCUAACCUGCUGCAAGCACAAGUCAACACCAUCUCCCCCGUCCACUCAGGUGAGGCGCUCCAGUACCAGCUCAGCUUCACCACAGCAACAGGGGAAGGAUCAGAGUUAUAUGACAUUGUAGUGUUGGCAGUGCCGCUCCAGACCAGCGGUGGUUCUGGAGUCCAGUUCCAAGGUUUUGCACCUCCCUUUGACCAGCUUCCCAGUGAAUAUAACAGUACUGUAGCAACCAUUGUUCACGGUUACCUCAACACCUCCUUCUUUGGCUUCCCGGACCCCCGCCUGUUCCCCUUUGCCAGUGUUUUGACAACUGAGACACCUGACCUGUUCUUCAACAGCGUAGCAAGUGUUUGUCCCGUCAACAUUUCAGCAGGCUUCCGGCGGAAGCAGCCACAAGAGGCUGGAGUUUAUAAAGUGUUCUCGCCAAAACCUCUGGACAAGUCUCAGCUCAAAACACUCUUCAGGUCGUACUACUCGGUGCAAGUGACAGAGUGGCAGGCCUACCCUCAUUAUGGCAGCAGCCAGGGUCUGCCUCCUGUGGAGCUCCAUGCCAAUCUCUACUACCUCAAUGGUAUUGAGUGGGCUGCCAGUGCCAUGGAGAUGAGCUCAGUGGCUGCCAAGAACAUCGCCCUGCUGGCUUACCACCGCUGGAACAGACAGACUGACAUGGUGGACCAGAAAGACCUGAUGCAUAGGAUCAAGACUGAACUUUGACCCCAACAACUGAAAGCCAAGACACACUUCAGCAACGAUAGACAUGCAGGACUUUGUGGAAGGAAAGCAGAAGGAGGGUCUCUGCAUAACUAUAGCUCCUCUGGCAUCAUAAGGUAGAGCAUCACAGGUCCACUCAAUUCUGAGAAACUCAGACACAACCCAGGCACCAAGUCAGACCAGGUCCAUAUUAUAGUCACUGCAGUCGGGUCAGGUAGGGUCACAUUUUACUGCUGCAAGUCUCAGGUCAAGGGCUGAAUAAAAAAAAAAAAAAAAGAUUUUCCAAUUAACAUGUGCAUUUACACUGCUACGUAUAUCCAUUGGUUAUUUGUUGUAAGUAGUUCCAUUCUGACUGCAUGAUGUGUGAAAUGUCUGCUUUGUGGAAAUCGGGUUAUUACAACGUGCAACAGAGUUAUUUCUAGUUCAAAUGUAACAUAGAUGACAACUGGCUAUGUGUGUUGUCUUGAGUCAUGACAGUCCUGUAAACUGUGACAGGAAUAAUUAGUCGAUGUGGACCCACAACAAUUUACAGGACCGCCAAAACUCAGGAGAGGUACCUGAGUGUGGCUAUCUCAUAGCAAAUCUUUGGGUCACAUCUAUGUGACGGACAGACUGAAAAAUGGCUGCACACUGACCUGAGCUCUUGGUCUUUGAGAUAUGAAUCCAUGAAAGUCGGCUGAGCAGUGUGGGGUAUGUUCCUGCCAGGGAGAUAAAGCUAGCUAACAGCUGUCUGCAGAUGUCAAGGUAAUGCCAUCAUAAACAGUGCAGAUGAAUCUGUUUUUGUCCAGGCUGUGCUCAAACUGGACAGUCCUUGUGUAGCUGUGUGAGAUAGGAUUUUUUUUAUUUUUAUUUGCAGUAUUAUUUUGGAUCUAUGAAGACCUCUAUUAGCAAGCUGAUGUGCACACAUCCACACAUAGAGUAUGUCUUGUUGAAUUCUUUAGCUGGACUUUGUCUGUAUGAGGGUACUAAAUCUUUACAUAUUCACAUGUGAGAGAAGUGACCUAUUAGUUUUGCUACGUGCCUGUUAAUUCACCAAAUCUGUGAUGGAUAUGUUUGUUAAAUUCAUAAUUGCAUCACUAGAGAUGACUGAGGUCUGCACUAUUUUCCAAAGGCCAGUUGGAUUUUGCUGAUUUCGUUCUAUGUGCAUGUGCCACCACACAUAUGACACAUGUUGUAGUAUUGAUGAUUACAUUCAACCGCAGGCAUCUUUUCUUUGCCAAUAAAUUAGGAAACCAAGCAACCAUGGGAAACACCAGCUGAUAUUUAUCUCGGUACUAGAAACUGAAUAGACUGUUGCCUAAUGCCUAAUCAAAAACACCUGCAGCACUGCUACAUAUUAAGGACUGUUAGUGGACUUGCUGUUGACGUAAAGGGGAUCUCAUUAAUCUCAGUAGCAGUUUUGGAAAUGAAUAAGAUUUGUUAUUCAUUGAUUCAUGGUAACAGCCAUUGGUGCUAUGCUCUAUUACGCCUUUCAUCAGACUACAUCAUUAUCUCUGUCCUGGGGCUUUUAUUGCAUAAUCCAGUGGAAAGAAUGUUUUGGGAGGAAUGGAGCCAACGAGCAUUAUCACUGGACUGACAAACAGCAGAGGACAGAUCUGUGGAGCCACUGGAGGUGACCGUGACGUCUUUUUUUUUUUCCCUUUUCUCUCACCGAGAUCUGGCUCUUUUUAAUAAGCGCUAGGAAUCUUGGAAAAACAUGUGAACAUAAAGCGGGACAUUCACUCCCAGAAUUGGCAAGUACUAAAAAGAUGUGUUGAUAUGACACUGUUCAUUAGCUUCAUAAUGAAAUGCCUGCUUUUUCUCAUUUGUAGUUUAUAAUGGUGGAUUUGGACUAAAGUGGAUUUCUGGACUGAGAAUUUCUUUACUGAACUGAAAGCCCUGGGAGUCCAGAGGGCUUCAGCUGAUGGGUAAUGUGGGAUGAGAAAUGCCACAACCCUUUAAUCUGAUGGAAUUGUUUCAAAAUCCCACAAUGGUGUAUAAAAGUAAAAAUAAAAAACAGCUGAAAUGAA